ACUUAAACAGUCGAGUCGAAACCAACGAUUUGUACCUUGUACGUCCCCAUGUGGCCCCGGUUACAGAAAAUGGCCUGCACUUCCCGAAGUUUGUUUGGAUUAAUUAUAAAACAGAGGUUUUUAUUGCCCAUAACGAGUCAUGCUGCACUUCAAUCUGAAAUUCCAACAAGCAGAAGAAAUUUCCAUACAUCAAACAUCACGUUCGCAAAAAAAAGGGAUUAUUACGAUGUUCUAGGUGUUCCUCGAAAUGCUUCUUUAAAAGAUGUUAAGAAAGCAUAUUACCAACUAGCUAAAAAGUUUCAUCCUGAUACCAAUAAAAAUGAUCCAGAAACUAUAAAAAAAUUUCAAGAAGUUUCUGAAGCCUAUGAGGUUUUGAGCGAUGAUGGGAAGAGAAAACAAUUUGAUACAUGGGGAGCUACUUCAGAGCAAAUGGGAGGUGGACAGGCUGGACCAGGUGCUUCACAGGACUUUUCAAGACAUCAAAAUUGGAAUUUUCAGUCUAGUGUUGAUCCUGAAGAACUGUUCCGAAAGAUUUUCGGACAAGCUGGCUUUCAAGGAGGAAAUUUUGGUGAAGAAUUUGCUGAAUCAAGGUUUGGGUUUGGUGCUGCUCAAGAGAUGACCAUGAAUUUGACAUUCGCUCAAGCUGCCAAAGGAAUCAACAAAGAUAUAAACUUGAAUGUGGUUGAUACAUGUCCAAAAUGCCGUGGUUCAAGAAGUGAACCUGGAACAAAAGCAGUAAAAUGUCCAUUUUGCAAUGGAACAGGGAUGGAAACAAUUAGCACUGGUCCGUUCAUCAUGAGAUCGACUUGCAGAAGAUGCAUGGGUUCAAGAAUGCACAUAGCAAAUCCUUGUUUGGAAUGUGAAGGAAAAGGUUCAACAGUUCAGCGAAAAAAAGUAACUGUCCCCGUUCCGGCAGGUGUUGAGGAUGGUCAAACAGUAAGAAUGCAAGUGGGCCAAAAAGAAGUUUUUAUCACUUUUCGGGUAGAAAAAUCCGAUUAUUUUCGUCGCGAUGGUGCCGACAUACACACUGACGCUGCUAUUACAUUCUCGCAAGCCGUCCUAGGAGGAGCCAUCCGCGUUCAAGGAAUAUAUGAAGAGCUAACAGUUGAUAUCCCUAAAGGAACGCAGUCACAUACACGUAUUCGUAUGAAUGGAAAAGGAUUACGUAAAGUUAAUGGUUACGGAUUUGGUGACCACUACAUUCAUAUAAAAAUCAAAAUCCCGGUCCGGCUUAAUGAAAAGCAAAAAAAACUGAUUUUGGCUUACGCUGAACUUGAAGAAGAUACCCCAGGAACUGUAAACGGAAUCACCUACACCAAAGAUGGUAAACGAAUGGAUGGGAUCAAAGAAGCGCCGAUGGCUGGCUCGGAAUCCCAAUCAGCUAGCAAGGAGGACACCCAGGGAAAAGAAGAUGGUCUUUUUGGCCGCCUUAAAAAGGCCAUUUUUGGAUAAAGAUAGGAAAAGUCGCGACUACUACCAUAGAGUACGUGCGAAAAAGGCGAGUGAUGGCUCUAGCAAAAAAGGUUCGACUAACUCUUCUCAAGAUGACGAUUCCAAUUUAAAAGAGACAAAGGAGGAUAAAGCCCAACGACAGAAAUUAUAAGUUUAAUAUCCAACAAUUUCUCUCGCCAGUUUCCUUUAUUUUAAGGAAGGUAAAUAAAUGUAGUCAGUUGUUAACGCAUUUGUAUAAAAUAAACCAUGUCGAGUUACCACA